UUACCCUUACUAUUAGCCUACAUGCAUAAUUUGUUUUAGAACGGAUUUUUACAAGUAGGUGAUAUUUUGUUAUAUUUAUUUUUACUAGAUUAAUUGUUCUAUUUAAAAUUAUAUCUGGUUGACGGAGAAUGGGGAAGAAUACCGAUAAAUUAUACGUGACUCAAACGGAGCAUUCCGGGGUUCAUGGAUGGCAUGGCGGGAUGAGCGGAAUUACAGGGAAUCAGCCCAAAGGAAGAUUUCGUCAACUUCCUUUCAAUUACUGUUCUCUUUCGUUGCAGCCAUUCACACAUCCUUGUUGUUUGGUAGAUUCCACCAACCAUGCAAUCAUUUUUGAUUUCAAAUUUAUUGUCCCAUGGCUUCGGAAGCACAAUACUAAUCCCGUAACUGGAGAAAAGGCUGCACUGUCCAAUCUCAUCAAAUUGAAUUUCUCAAAGAAUGCAGUUGGAGAAUACUGUGACCCAGUUACUUUGAAAGGAUUCACCGAAUUUUCUCAUAUUUUAGCCAUCAAAACAACGGGAAAUUGUUUUUCCUGGGAUACUGUAGAAGGAUUGAACAUAAAAGCUAAAAACUGGAAUGAUCUGGUUAGCGAAAAAGCAUUUACUCGUUCAGACAUAAUCACGAUUCAGGACCCCCAUAAUCUUGAAAAGCGAGACUUUUCGGCUUUACAAACGCAAAAGGAGAUGUCAAGAGAGGAAAAAAUUCAAAAGGCACGCCUGGCGAUAGAGAAGUCAAGAAAAGAAGCAGUUUCGCCAUCACGUAGACAGUUAGCGCAUCCUAUUACUACGGAAACGACACAGUCUGGGCUUCCCGUAUAUCGCGCUGCUCAUACGACAGGUCUUGCAUCUGCGUCCCUUACAUCUACUUCAUUUUCUCCGGUCACCAAAAAUGAAAAAGCAAUAAUUCCUCAGGAGGAUUACAUGCUUAACCAUAUCCGGAUAAAAAAGAAAGGCUAUGCUCGAAUGAUAACCAAUUUUGGGGAAAUCAACUUGGAACUCCACACUGAUUAUGCUCCACAUGCCGUUUACAAUUUUAUCCAACUAUCUAAGAAAGGCUAUUAUCGCAAUACUGUGUUCCAUAGAAGCAUUCCUAGAUUUAUGAUUCAAGCUGGUGAUCCGACGGGUACAGGGAAGGGGGGUGAAAGCUGCUGGGGAAAACCAUUUCGGGAUGAAUUUGGUAAUCCUCUGCAUCAUGAUCAGCGAGGAAUUCUUUCAAUGGCUAAUCGAGGAAAAAACACAAACGGCAGUCAAUUCUUUCUUUUAUUCAAUGCUGCCAAACAUUUGGACAAUAAACAUACUAUCUUUGGACAUAUAGUUGGAGGAAUGGCAGUACUUGAUGCACUAGAGAAGGUCCCAACAAAUGACUACGACCAUCCCAAAGUCCCUAUUCGGUUAGAAGAUGUUGUUGUAUUUGUAGAUCCCUUUGAAGAAUGGGAAAAGGAAGAGCAAGAAAAAGUAAAAAAGGAAAAAGAUUCCUUGGAAGCAAACAAAUCCGAAGCCGAUCAUGUUUCAUGGACUGGAAGAGACCUGUCGCAUUCAUCUUCUGUGGCAUCUACGACCCAAGCCGUUGGUAAGUAUCUGAAUAAUGAUUCAAAACGCCCUUCAACUGUAGUAUCUCUGGAUGCCUCGUCGCAACCAAAAAAGAAGAAAACACGAACGGGGUUUGGAAAUUUUGAUGCAUGGUAGGAAAAUACGAAAUAAUGAAAGUUGGAUGUUUUAGUUUUUUUGUAUACGAAGAAAAAAAAGGAACGAUCUUGUAUAUAAUUUCUAAUCAUAAUACAAAAAGUAAUAAAAUUGAAAAUAAGAAGUAGA